AUGCCUUCAAUCGCCAUGCCUCCUCUUUCGUCUCUCCUGUCGUGGCGCACACUCGCAUUCCUCUUCGCUCUGAUUAAUCUCAAAUCGCUGCCUUUGGCCUGGCACGCCCGCCUCUUCUACCGCAUGUUCACGAAUUGGUACACAGAAGCACGGGUCCAACGCAGCAUAAAAGCGCAGUCAGAGUUGUCCGACUCGGUCCACCCUCUUUUCGAGCCCAUCUCCAUUUUCUCGCGCUCUCCGCUCCUCGAGACAGACUACAACCUGCAUAAAUCGAACAGCACCUACUUCUCCGACCUGGACGAGAGCCGAACGGUGCUCAUGACGAAGCUGUUGGUUCCGGGCUUGAAACAAGGGGAUAAGAACCUCGUGCGCGAAGGCCACAAGGGACCUCUGAAUGUGAUUCUCGGCAGCGUCCACACGUCAUUUCAUAAAGAGAUCAAACCCUACGAGCGCUACGAGGUCCGCUCGAGGAUACUUGCGUGGGACAACAAGUGGAUUGUCGUGGGCAGUUGGUUCAUCCGGCCCGCGUCGCCGAAGGGCAAACAGGAAGUCCUCCUGGCUUCGGCGCUGAGCAAGUACGUGGUGAAGAAGGGCAAAUUCACCGUUUCCCCAGAGCGGUGCUUUGUCACGGCCGGAUGGUUGCCGCGCAGACCCGAAAAAGUCGAUGAUGGCGCGGACCGACAAGACAAGCCCCAGGUGAAAGAGAUAUCUGCAUGGUCGUCAUCAUCUGAAGAGUCGACACCGCCUCAGAUCCCUCCUCGUACCGACACGGAAAAGCCAAGCACCUCUUCCGAACCCUCGCUGAUCUCCACGCCUCAAGAAGGCCCCCUUGCGGCCCCAGUUCCGGAACCUGCGACAUUACGGACCACCGACAGCAUCGUCGAGAAACUCGAGACGGCAGCUGCAAAGACCGGCGCGGCCAUUUCGUCGUCGGCACCCCUUGCGCCGCUCACGGCGGUCCACGUCAAGCCAGGCGGCGAGUGGGACUGGCACCGGAUCGAGAUGGAGCGGGUCCGCGGGCUGCAGAUCGCGCAGAAUUGGCUGGCGCUGGACAAGGAGCUGAUGCACGAGUUCGCCAGGGGCUAG